AUGGCGUCCGCUUUGAAUUCUAAUAUUUGCGCCGGAUGCAGAAAUACUUUACCUAAAAAGGAAUUUCUUAGUUGCUUGAUUUGUAAAUCGAACUAUGACUGCGUUUGCGCAAACAUACCUAUCAGGCACUUUGAUCAAAUGGACAAGCAAAAGAGGAAUAAUUGGAAAUGCCCAGAAUGUUGCAGUAAACAACCUAAAACUGGUAACACUCACACACCUGUUAGGUCAGCUGUCACUAGCCAAACAUGCAGCAAAGCUACUGACGAAUGCUCUCCAGAGACAUUCGUCACUUUACGUAAAAAACAUAACGAGUCACCAGCACCAGCAUCGAUAAAAAGCAAUGAUGGUAGUAACUUCUUGACGGAGAACAAUCUUCGUGACAUUAUUAAGCAAGAACUUUCUACAGCCAUUCAAAACCUUGUUACGACACAACUUAGUACAAUUAAUGAACAAAUAGCCGGAUUUUGUGAAUCUAUGUCGUUCAUUAACGCGCAAUUUGAAGAGAUGAAAUCUGCAAUUGAAGAAAAGUCCGCUAUUAUCAACAACUUAAAAAAAGAAAAUACCCAACUUCAGGCAUCAGUCAAGGACCUUACAACCCGGUUAAAUAUCGUCGAAUCACAUAUGAGAGAAUGCAACAUUGAAGUAAAUGGUAUUCCCGAACACAAAGCGGAAAACUUGGUAAACACCAUCGUGCAGUUAGGACAAGCUGUUAAAAAUCCACUGUCAGUAGAUGACAUCCAAUAUGUUACCCGAGUAGCUAAGCUGAAUAAAAAUGCCGAUAAGCCUCGGUCUGUUAUUGUUAAGCUUCGUACCAUGAAGCAUAGAGAUGCUAUCCUAGCAGCUGUUGCACUAUUUAAUAAAAAAAAUCCCGAAGAUAAAUUAAACUCGCACCAUCUAGGAAUUGGAGGAUCUCGAGUUCCAAUAUAUGUCUCAGAGCAUUUAACCCCAGGAAAUAAAUCCCUUCAUGCCGCUGCGCGCAUAAAAUCCAAAGAAAUGAAAUAUCGCUUCAUAUGGAUUAGGAAUGGAAAAGUUUACGUACGCAAAGACGAAUUUAGUCAAGCAAUAAUAAUUAAAAAUGAAGAUAGUCUUAAGCUCAUAAUAUAA